CGUGGCCGUCCCGGAGGCGUGUCCCGGAACGUAAAGGCAUCAUUUGGCUAAAAUGGCGCCGCUGCCCGCGCUCCGAGUGUGGCUUCUCUUCUCCUUGUCUGCGUUCGUCACCGUGUCCCUGGGCUUCGGGCUCCCGGCCCUCCUGAACGCCGCCACGGGAAUGCUGGGAGUGCCGGAGGCGAGCGUGACCGAGUGCGUGGUGGUGUGCUAUUUGCUCUUCGUCCUGUACAUCGCGACGCCUCGGAUCCCAAGAGGACUGGUGGAGGUGACAGGAAAAGCGGUGUUCAUUACGGGUUGUGACAGCGGUUUUGGUCUGGCACUAGCCGAACAUCUGCACAAACUUGGGUUCACCGUCUUUGCGGGAUGCCUGCUUAAGGAUAAAAGUGGAGAGGGUGCCAAGGUCCUGGAAGAGUUCCACUCGGCGCGCAUGAAGGUGGUCCAGCUCGACGUGUGCAGCGACGAGCAGGUGAACCGUGCCGCCUGGUUCGUCCGAGACAACCUGGAGGACUCGGAGAGAGGUCUGUGGGCGCUGGUCAACAACGCCGGCGUGUCUACGUUCGGAGGAGUGGAGUUCACCUCCAUGGACGCCUACAAGGAAGUUUCCGAGGUCAACCUAUGGGGCACCAUCCGGGUCACCAAAGCGCUUCUGCCGCUCAUUCGCCGGGCCAAAGGCCGCGUGGUAAAUGUGUCCGACUCGUACGGCCGAAUGGGAAAUAUCGCUCAGUCGCCCGUGUGCGUGUCCAAGUACGGUGUGGAAGCGUUCUCUGACUGCCUCCGCUACGAGAUGAAGUCCUGGGGCGUCAAGGUGUCUGUCGUAGAGCCAGGGAACUUUGCCGCCGCCACGGGCAUCCUGAGCCGCAACGUCUUGGCCAGCACGGCCAACAAACUGUGGGCCGAGGCACCGCCGGACGUCAGGGAAGAUUAUGGGAAAGCCCGCUUCGAGCAGAUCACAGCGUUGAUGCGUUCGCUGUGCAACAGCGGACAGAAGGACGCGAGUCCCGUGCUGGACGACAUCACGGACGCCAUCGUGUCCAAGCGUCCGUACACCAGGUACAACCCCAUGGAACCGCACUGGUGGAUCAGAGUGCAGCUGAUGACGCACCUUCCUUCCGCGCUUUCUGACUUGCUCUAUUUCUAAAUGGCAACAUUCCAGAACUUGAAGCCUUUCAUUGUUCAAGCCUUAAAUUGCAAUAGUUUUUUAAAAAGUAAAUUAUCGCACUAUGUAUUGUGUUACUCCAGCGCCAGACAUGACACGGGAGGGGGGAAAAAUAUAUAUUGUGGUCACAUUAUAGAAACAUUGUGUGCACAGAAUGAAAUGGUGGUCACGAAACACACUGGUAUCAUGACUCACGAGUUAAUUCGUUUCAGCAUGAGCGUCUGGGCGCGAGUUGUGGCCUACAGUAGCUCCUUGCGAGUGUUUUUAUUUUGUAUUUGUGUGUUUGUUUGUAAAUCCCUCCACAUGCGUGGGCAUUACAGUGUGGGUUUAAGGAACAACUUUGACAUCUGGUAAGAAAUUAGUACGUGCCCCUCCAAUAGAAACCGCAAUACACGAUGUCCUUAAAGUAAGGGUUUUCUAAUUCCAUUCUCCUCGAAAGCCAACAUUGCCACACUUUUCAGAAUUGUCUGGAAGCUCAUCCCCAGCCUAAAACAAAUUGUCAUUAGCCGGGCCUCUACCUCACCAUUUCUAGAGUAGGUGUGCCCAAUUUGCUAACUGAACAAUCCAGUACAAGCCAUAGCUUGUUUGUGCUCACAAAUUAGUAUUUUGUGUGCACCUUGUAUUUAUUUCAUAACCCAAAACCACCACCACCACCUAUGUCUGGGGCUCCAUAUGUUGCUGAUGAAAUCAAAGUAACCUUCUUAGUGUUGUGCACCAGCAAAAAUGUAACAUACUAGUUUAAAAAAAAAAAAAAAAAAAAAAAAAAAAAACUGCUGUGAUCUAAUCUUUUGGGGGGAAAAUAUUUUGAUUUAUCUGCUUGUCUUUGCCACCAGAUGGCGUGCUAGGAUCACACCAACAUGAAGUGCAAACAAGACAAGUUUUCAUUUUGAAUAUAUUCAGCAUCCUGUGUAUAUGAUUUCAUCAUAUUGCCAUAUUGUCACUUUGUUUCAAAAAAAAAUAUUAAACAGGCAAACUUAUUU